UUCUCUUUUUCCCUCUUUCUUUCGUUCUUUCCCUUUUUAUAUUUUCUUUUCUAUUAUUACUAUUAUUACUAUUAUCGGCGCGUAUGCAUAAUAGAUCCAAUAAGAGUUUAAACACGGAUAAAGAAGAAGAGGUUGCAAGUAUUGAAGCACAGUUUGAGUAUGUGAACAAGCUGUUGAAAUGGAGUAUCUUGGACUUGGAAAAGUUUAUUAAUACACUGAGGGCAAGAAUAUCAGCAGAAGAAGUUUACGUGUUGGCACUUGCCAAAAUAAUCAAGAAUAACACCAAUGCAACAACAACAACAACAACAACAACCAUAAAUAACAGUAAUAAUAAUAAUGCCCCGUCCACGACAUCCAGUUUUUUCGGUGACUAUACAACAUUAUAUCAGCAGUCAACUAGUCAUUAUGAAUCGUCGAUUGAAAAGAAGAUUGAAAUACGCAAGGAAUUUAUCAAUUGUCUGAAAUAUCAGACGGAGAUCCUAGUAAAACUCAAAGUAAAAGAGAUCAUCACGAACAAAGGAGAAAAAGGGUAAAGGCAGUAUUGAAUGAGAAGAAUGCGAAUUACUUGAAUUACAGGACGAGAGACAUUGUCAAGCUUCACAAAAAUUAUUUCAACAAGUGUUCAGAGUAUGUUAGCCUACAACAACAAGUGUUGAUCUCCUCUCAUGAUGAAAAGUC